UCAGGCCGAGGCUUGAGGCCUAACAUUCCGCCUCAGCGGCGGGAGACCCGUCGUCUCUGCAUCGGAGGUUCUGGAGUCCUGACAUGUCAGAUGAAAUAUGCCCAAAAUACAACUAAACGGCAUCACUGUGGAUUUUCCAUUUCAGCCUUACAAAUGUCAGGAAGAAUAUAUGUCCAAAGUGCUGGAGUGCCUGCAAAAGCAAGUGAAUGGGAUUUUGGAGAGUCCCACAGGCACCGGGAAGACUUUAUGCCUCCUUUGUUCGACCUUGGCUUGGCGGGAGCACUUCAGAGAUGCAAUCUCUGCACAGAAGAUCGCCCAGAGACUAGGUGGAGCAGAACUUUUCUCUGACCGGCCACUGUCGUCUUGGGGUAACACAGCCCCAGGGACUGAUGCCUCGGCUUAUUACAGUGACAUUCCCAAAAUAAUUUAUGCCUCAAGAACUCAUUCUCAGCUUACGCAGGUCAUCAGUGAAUUAAAGAACACAGUAUACAGGCCCAAAGUAUGUGUGCUCGGUUCCAGAGAGCAGCUGUGCAUCCACCCAGAAGUUAAAAGGCAAGACAGUAACCAUAUGCAGGCUCUCGGGAGCCUCUCAGCUUUCCGCCCACUCCCAGCCUUCCGCUUGAGGGGCUGA